AUGAAUUAUUUAAGACCAUUUACAGUUCAAAUAGUGUCUCGAAACAAUUCCACUGCUUCCAACGUAUUCGUGAAUAGAAACCCACGCAAUUUAGAGCGAAUACGGAUAGCACGUAAACCUGAUGGUUAUCAUCUUGACAAACCUGGACGGAAAUUCUGGCACAAAUUAUCACUGACUUCAAGUAAUCGCACAGUUACUGCCCAAGUCGUCCAUUACAUUAAUGGACCAGUUAUUGAAGCAAAAACCUCAGAAUGGGCUCUCCGCAAACAAUUGUAUAGCAUUAAAGAUACCUCUGCAUACAUUAAUUUAGGAAGAGUUUUUGCUCAGAGGUGUUUAGAAAGUGGUAUUUCAGAGAUAUAUUGUGAUAUAAAACCAGUGGAAGGUGGCAAAGUAGACAGAUUUCUUAAAGAAGUUGUGAAUGGCGGAAUUAAACUUGAAGAACCAGAGACUUAUAAGAAACCUUCUCCUUGGGAUAGAUAUAGACCUGAAAAGCCAUGGGAAGUUGCUGAAGAGUAA